CUCUCUCUGGCUGAAAAAAGAAGAAGGAAAAACUGAAAGCUUUUAAUUGAUCGACUCGACUCAGAUUCGACUCCAUGGACCCUUCACGUGCUUUUGUGACAAAUGUCAAGCGUCUCAUUGUUAAGGUGGGAACAGCAGUGGUGACUCGAGGUGAUGGGAGAUUAGCAGUGGGGAGACUGGGAGCUUUAUGUGAACAGCUCAAGGAACUCAAUUCUCAGGGGUAUGAGAUUGUGUUGGUUACUUCAGGUGCUGUUGGUCUUGGUCGUCAAAGGCUUAGAUAUAGGAAAUUGGUAAACAGCAGCUUGGCUGAUCUUGAAAAUGCAGAAUUUGAACUUGAUGGGAAGGCUUGUGCAGCUGUUGGACAGAGUAGUUUGAUGGCUCUUUAUGACACCUUGUUUAGCCAGCUUGAUGUCACUUCUUCACAAUAUCUUGUAACGGACAGUGAAUUUAGAGCCAAUAGUUUCAGAAAACAACUCUCUGAGACGGUGAAAUCCUUACUAUCUUUGAAAGUGAUCCCCAUUUUCAACGAGAACGAUGCCGUCAGCACUCGAAGAGCACCUUACGAGGAUUCUUCUGGUAUAUUCUGGGACAACGACAGCCUCGCCGGCCUCUUAGCUUUGGAACUAAAAGCUGAUCUCCUUGUCAUGUUGAGUGAUGUUGAGGGCCUCUACAGCGGUCCGCCAAGUGACCCGAACUCAAAACUGAUCCAUACGUAUAUAAAAGAAAAACAUCAACGUGAAAUAACGUUUGGAGACAAGUCCAGGCUAGGUAGAGGGGGUAUGACUGCAAAGGUUAAUGCAGCCGUCUGUGCGGCUUCUGCCGGUAUCCCAGUCGUUAUUACAAGUGGCUAUGCCACUGGUAACAUUAUAAAGGUACUUCAAGGGAAGCAUGUUGGUACCCUAUUUCAUCGAGAUGCACAUUUAUGGACUUUGGUUAAAGAAGUCGGUGCACGCGAGAUGGCGGUUGCGGCGCAGCAAUGUUCUAGACGUCUUCAGGCAAUAGACUCUGAAGAUAGGAUGAAGAUUUUGCACAACAUUGCUGAUGCCCUCGAGGCCAAUGAGAGUUUGAUUAAGGAUGAAAAUGAAGCUGACGUCGCUGCUGCCGAGGACGAUGGAUAUGAGAAGUCACUGAUGUCUCGUUUGUCGUUGAAACCCGGAAAGAUAACUGGUCUUGCGAAAUCGAUUCGAGUACUUGCUGACAUGGAAGAUCCUAUUGGUCAUGUUUUGAAGAGAACAGAGCUUGCAGAUGGACUCAUCUUGGAGAAAACAUCCUGUCCUCUUGGUGUACUGCUGGUUGUAUUCGAGUCUCGACCAGACGCCCUUGUUCAGAUAGCUUCCCUAGCCAUACGAAGUGGGAACGGCCUUCUACUGAAAGGGGGGAAAGAAGCAAAGAGGUCUAAUGCAAUCUUGCACAAGGUCAUUACUUCGGCCAUCCCCAAAAACAUCGGAGAAAAACUCAUUGGACUCGUGACUUCAAGAGAGGAUAUUUCUGAUUUACUUAAGCUUGAUGAUGUGAUAGAUCUCGUGAUCCCCAGAGGCAGCAAUAAACUUGUUACCCAGAUCAAGAAUUCGACUAAAAUCCCUGUUCUUGGUCAUGCCGAUGGAAUUUGCCAUGUUUACAUUGACAAAUCAGCUAAGGUCGAUAUGGCUAGACAGAUUGUUCUCGAUGCAAAGACAGAUUAUCCUGCGGCUUGCAAUGCCAUGGAAACACUUUUAGUACACAAGGAUUUUUCGAGUAAUGGUUUGCUCAAUGAUGUUAUUGGGGACCUCAAACAUAAAGGAGUUACUCUUUACGGUGGACCGAGAGCGAGUUCAUUGUUAAACAUACUGGAGACGCGUUCCUUCCAUCACGAGUACAACUCUAUGGCUUGUACAAUAGAAAUCGUGGAUGAUGUGCAUGCCGCUAUUGAUCAUAUACAUCAACAUGGAAGUUCUCACACCGAUUGCAUUAUCACUGAAAAUCAUGAAGUUGCUGAAAUUUUCUUGCAUGGGGUCGACAGUGCUGCAGUUUUCCAUAAUGCAAGCACUAGAUUUUGUGAUGGAGCACGAUUCGGGUUGGGUGCCGAGGUUGGAAUAAGUACUAGCAAAAUCCAUGCCCGAGGUCCGGUUGGAGUCGAAGGAUUGCUAACAACACGUUGGAUUUUGCGAGGAAGUGGGCAGGUAGUGAAUGGUGACAAAGGGGUUGAUUACAGUCACAAGGAUCUUCCCCUUUAAACUCAAUUGUAGGUUAUUUUAGGAAUACGCCUUUUUUACUUUUUACCCUUUUCAUACUUGCCGUUAAUUUCUUCCUUGUAAUAUGUUACUGCUGCAACUACUUAGAUAACUUGCGUGUCAUGUAAUACUCUCUAUCCGGCCUAGGCGUAUAUCAAACAGGGAAUGUUACAUCCAAAUAACAGAACAAAAAUGAAU